CAAAAGCACCAGUGCUGUUGGUGGAACGGUAACUCGUGGCCAUAUUCCACGGCACAUAUACUCAGAUCCCUGGCCACACACCUCAGACAAUACAGUCAACAGAAUCCUAAGAUAACGGUUGAUAACUAUGUGUCACUUCUGGAGAAGUAUGCGUUCACUCAAUACAAGGAUAACAAGCCGUAUGUCGCGGAAUGUCAUUCACCUUCCGGUGACUUCUGGGUCUGUGAUUCAACUAAUCAUUCCGAGCAUUACAUGCACUCGACUUAUACGGACAAUGUAUUGACUGAAUUGUUGGGUGUUUUACCACAAAGUGAUAACACAUUAGUGAUCGACCCUUUAGUACCGAAAUCGUGGGACUAUUUUGCAGUCGAAGAUGUCUUAUAUCACGGAAAUAACAUUACCUUUAUUUAUGACAAAACUGGGGAUAAGUAUAAAGUAGGGAAAGGGCUGACAGUCUAUGUUAACGAACAGAAAGUAUUGAAUGAAGAGAAUUUGAAAAGAGUUGUCAUAAAAGUGCCUCAAAUUAAGAGUCAAUUAAAUGAUAGAAAGAAAUCUGGAAAUUAUGCGGUAAAUACAUAUAGAAAUGGAUAUCCCAGGCCUUAUGCCAGUUUUUCGGACGGUAACCCCGGGUGCACCUGGCAGGCAGUGGACGGCCGUAUAUUCUAUGACUACAUUCCCAGUAAUCGGUGGUCUAAUUAUGACUCAAAGCAUGAGACCGAUUGGUUUGCCAUUGAUUUCGGUCGCGAAAAGACUGUCUCUUCAGUCCAUCUCUACGUCUACUCAGAUGUGGACACCAAAGAAGGCAAAACAGACUGUCCCACGAAAAUGGUUGUCCAAUACUAUACUGAGGCAAAUGAGUGGAAAGAUGCGGACAGUCAGGUCUCAUCUCCAACUCAGUGCUCGCCUAACGAUUUGAAUGUCAUAUCAUUUAAAGCCAUCAAAACCACACAAAUUAGAGUUAUUUUCAGCCGUAAUGUCCAAAAAGACUAUUACGUCGGCAUAACUGAGAUGGAGGUGUGGUCUGAUUGGCCACAAACCCCGUCGCCCGACAUAUACGAGGCAGAGGACGGACUGGUCAUUGAGGCACAGAUAGAGAGGUCGACCUCAGCGUCGGGUCAUUCAUAUGUAGGUCUCAUCGAUAAGAGUAACUCUAGGGUUGAGUUGAGC